GCUCUUUGCAUCUCAUCCCAUCAUCUCUAGAUCGGUCUGUUUUACAAAAAAAAUCAAUAAUGGCACCUAUCACUAUAUCCGAAAUUUCUCGCACCGAUCUCCAAGAAUUCAAAGCUCCCACAUCGGCUUCUAUCAGUGAUGUCAAGCAACUAUCCUCUUAUAACUGGCUUGAGGCACCUCAAGAAACACCUACUAUUGCUGUUCCUGGUAGCCCUUCUCUUUGGUCGACUCUAGGAGCUUCUCCACAGCUAAAAAAGGACUCUGGCGUCAUCUAUAUCGCUCAGAACGCAGCGCGCCACCCAGCAAGCCCUCUUGAAUCGCUUUUUCGUUCGUUAUAUUUAAAACAUCCUUCAUUUGACAUCCGUUCAAUUGACGUUGUGACUGAUCGAAACAACAUCCGCAAACUUCUCUCAUUUAUUGACCCUAGAUCGUCUAGAAAUCAGCUCGAAGAUUUCACUAUCAAUGUUGAGGUAACGAAGAACACGGCAUUAUUCUGCCGUGAGGAGGAAAAGACUAUGGAAUAUAUCGGACCACAUCAGUUCAGAGGCUUUGGCCAUGAAUUUGAGAAAGCAUAUACUGUCACCAAGAUCCGAGGCAGCACUGGACAUCACAGAGUCAUCUCUUACCGCUUUAGCGACUUGAAUUUCGUUGUCCGCUACGAAACAGACGGUUACGUUGACAUUAAUACGAAAACGUCCCUUGGAGCACAAGACGACCUUUCAAGUACGCUAGACGCACUAUCUUUAUCUCCAGUCACUACCCAUCUCAAGAUCGUUCCCAGUGAGUCGAAAAUGACAAUCAAAAAAGAGGGACAGGAAGUACCGCUGGAAUCGAUCCUUGAGAUCAAAACUCGAGUUUCGCAUAAGCCGAUUAAUUUUGAAGAGAUCGCAUCACAGCUGUGGGUAUCUCAAACUCAUAAGCUUGUCCGAGCAUACCACCAAAAUGGAAUCUUUCAGAAUCCAGUGGUAGAAGACAUCUCCGCUACAAUCAAAAGUUGGGAAGCACGCAAGCAGGAUGACUUAAGGAAACUAGCAGGGCUGAUUAAAAUAAUCAUCGAUCUCGUGAGAGAUGGUGGUGGUAAUGCUGUCGUUAAGUAUAACGCAGUAAAAGACAAGCUACUGAUCUUCAAGGUCGAAAGGAAAGAAAUGUUGCCAAAAGAUCUAUAUUCGAAAUGGGGUGAUGCGCAUGAUCUUGAUGAAAAGACUGGAGCUCAAGAUGAAACUACGCAAGAACCAAAUAUUUCUCAAACAGAGCAAAAGAGCAUUUCCAAGAUAAAAACCACAGGAGAUGAUCCUAAAACUAAAAUCAAAAUUGGAGGCGCAGAUUACAACAUUAAUAUGUCUAAGAUACCGUACUUGGAAUCUUAUGCUCGACUUCAAGAAGCUUCUCAGCCGCGAUCGAUUGAGAUUAUUCACGGACCGAUUGAUCUAUUCGAUGUAGCCGUCAAAGGAAUUGAAUCUGGCUACCGCCAAUGCUUUCGAUGCCUGCCUACUGACCUUUCCCAAUAUCGUACUCUCUUCCGAACGUACAGAUUACUGGAAGUUGAUAUUCUUAGCAAUCUAUCUAUCGACCAUGUAAUUGCCAAUCUCAAAGUUGGUAAAUCAGACUACGAUUUCGAAGAAAGACGAACAAUUCCCGGAAACAAGAGCUUAGCCCGCGACACAGCUUUCCAGCUCUUGUUUCUAAUAUUCGACCCUCAGUAUAGAUACGACGUGAAAGUUAAGAUGAAGCUUUAUAACGCAGUAAUGUUCGUAGUGUCUCAUCCAGGGACAUUCAAGUACUGUACAAAGCGGGUAAUUCGUAUCGCGUACGAGGAUGAAUUCGGACUGACGUUCAAGCAAAAACAGAAACUAGAUCAGUGGGAGAAGGGAGAGACUGCCAAAGAUGAGAUAGAUGUGACUACCGAAGAAGAUUCUAACUACUAUUUUGAUUCAGAUUAUGACUCUUUUUAACAGGCUGUGAAGGACUACGGGGUUCGUAGUGUACCUUGACAUUGAUGGUAUGCAAAGGGUGAUGCCUAAUUAAUGACGAUUUUGUUUUGGGGGAACAGUUUCCGUUUUAGCAAGGGCUUUAAAUAUCUGCUUUUCUUUGCUCACUUAAUAAUUUUGGAGUUUCACGUUUAUUCUGUUAGUCAAUCACAAAACACAAGCACACAAGGCACGUUGGUGACUUCCCGAAUGAGUGUCUACUUCUAGCUGUUUCCUAAAUGUCUCGACCCUCUAAUGCCUCCAAAGGCCCGUCCAAGUCGUGCCUUCUCUAUGAAAACUGUUCAAAUUACUCUA